GUACGGGAUGUACGAUUCUCUGCACAUGGAGAGUGUAAUAUUAGUGGCAAGUGCGCAAUGGGGACGGGCGCGAGGACAGGAGACGGAGAGAUGGCGGAGGAUUGCGGGAGGCGACUCUGGAUCCGACUGGCCCGCGGAAUGUCUGCUGUCAGAUCGAGGACGGGCGGGAACCGAGGAGCUGGCGCAUUGCUUUCCGCAUGUUCCACGCCCGGUCCCAUUUCUCGGCUCCCCAUCUGAUGUACAAAUAGCCUGCUGCAGUCUCGCUCUUCCCCACCCACGAUGAUUCUCACCAUCCUCGCCGCUACGCCAGCGCAUACCCGUGCGCCCGUGAGCGUCGCGCCGCUCGAGUUCGCCAUCGUCGCGGCCGCCGUGCUGGGGUGUACUUGGGUGCUUACGAGGGCGCGCGAGGCACAGCCCGACGUCGAGGCGGCGUAUCCCAAGACAUAGCGCUUCACUGUACGCUGUCGCACCGCUGCAAA